AUGACUACCAGCAGAGACCGCCGCGUCGCCAAGGAGCUCGCCGACAUCCAGUCCGACAAGGACAACUCGGGCGUCUUUGCCGCUCCCGCCGACGGCGUCUCCCUGCGACACCUCGUAGGCAUGUUCCCCGCGCCGCCCGACACGCCCUACGCCGGCGGUACCUACGAGGUCGAGGUCGAGAUCCCAGACAGCUACCCCUUCAAGCCGCCCAAGAUGCGCUUCAAGACCAAGAUCUGGCACCCCAACGUCUCCUCCCAAACCGGCGCCAUCUGCCUCGACACCCUCACCACCGGCUGGUCCCCCGUCCAGACCAUCAAGACGGCCCUCCUCUCCCUCCGCAUGCUCCUCGAGUUCCCCAACUCCAAGGACCCCCAGGACGCCGAGGUCGCCAAGAUGAUGAACGACCAGCCCGAGCGCUUCGCCCUCGUCGCCCACGAAUGGGCCGUCAAGUACGCCGCCGCCCCGCGCCGCCAGAUUGACACGACCCAGUUUGCCGCCGCCGGCACCGCCACCGCCGCGGCCCCCAAGGACGACCCAGCGAGAUACGACGGCUAUAAUAAGAACAUGGUCGACAAAUUCACCAGCAUGGGCUUCGACGUCGAGGCCGUCGUCGACGCGUUCCGCUUUGUGGGCAUCGAUAAGAACAACGGUCGCUACUACGAGCUCGAGGAGGCGUACAUGGGCGACAUUACCGCCCGACUGCUUGGCGAGCAAUAG